AUGUUCUUCAAACGCAGGUCCAGGGCCAAUUCUUACGUAGACAACAGUGAGAACCCGCGCUCGCAAUCAUUCGACGAUUACACCACCGAUAAGCGCCCUGAGUCGAGCCGGAAGGAGUCCCACCAGAGCCAGCCCUUCUCGCCCGCCGAAGAGCCUGACAUGUAUCCCCGCCAACAGCAACCCCAGGAGCCGACGUACGCGCAGAGUGCUCCUCCCUCCCACAACAACAUGCCCAUCCGCUCCCAGCAAGUUCCCCCCACCGGCGGCAGCGGCCCAAUGGGCCUCGGCAUGCCCGACCUCAUUACCGCUGCCUUCAACCAGGCCGUCCAGCCCUACACAGAGAAGAUUGAGCAGCUCGAGAGCCAGCUUGCCGACCUGCAGAACUGGGUCGACCAGCUCGAGCAGCAGCGCGCCGAGGUACACAACUGGAUCGACAAGCGCGGACUGCGACCAGAUGUCCCGGCCUCCAUCGCCAAGAUCAUGGACACCACCACUGCCGACGCUGCGCCCACACUCAACGCCCAGCUCGACCGCAAGAUCACCAUCGUCAACUUUGACCUGCACCGCCUGCAAGACGAUCUCAAUGACUCCAUUUCAUCCUCACAUUUCGCCUCGGCUAUGCUGAAGUUCCUGCCCGACAUCCAGCGCUUGACGCUCCUACCGUCCGGCCCGCGCUACGCCUUCGACCUCAUCCUGAAGCUCGGCGGCAACCUCAACUCACACGGCGGUAUUGACAGCGCUGACGCUGGCGACAUUGCCGCACGCCGCGACUUCUACAGCAGACUCGACGAGACCAUGGUCGACGUCGUGCAGCGCCGCUUCGGCGAGGGCGAGGGCUGGGACGUAAAGCGCGAGAUCAAGCGCAUUGAGAAGACCGCCAGCUACCUCAAGACAUACGGCGUCGAGCCAUACUUCCCCUCAACGCUCGAGAUGAUGAAGCGCGAGAUGGAGUUCCAACCCAACGGUGUGCCUAACGGGCAAGGAACCCCACCGCGGUACCACUAA